CUCAUGGGACGAGUCAAGAGCAGUUCUGUGAAAUGAGCCAGGUGAAUGAAUAGCCCCUGGAACCCGCUCUCUCCUUGGCUGGGGAUUUCUUUGACUGCCGACGACCAAGAAACACAGGCAUGGGCCCCAUGCUCACACAUGACAUAUUGCACGAGCUCUGUCUUGACGUCCCUAUCACCCUAGCUAGAUGGUGAAGUAAUGCCACCGACUCGCAAUUUCGGUCAAUUAAACUCGAGUCCACCGUCAUGGUACAGGGCUAGAGGGAGGCGUAGGGUGCGAGCACGGGGGAAGAGACGGCGGUGAAUGAAAGCAGCCUGAAAGCAGCCUGAACAACGUCCUGGUCGAGGCUGUCAGCGGUCUGUCUGCGUAUAUAUAACCUCAUCCUCUUCGUUGUGUUAGCUUUUCUUUCUCUCUCACCAGCAUCAGCUCUCAGAACAACCACAUUCUUUACUUACACUCUUUAAUCUUAAUCAUACUCCAACUCAGUCACUCCUUGUCUUUGCACAUCUAUUUCCAUCUUUGCUCCAUCGUUUUACAUACAACGACCUACCUAAUACCGACAAAAUGAAGUUCACCGGCUUUUUCGCUGCUGCCCUCGCCUUCGGCACCGCCCUGGCUGCCCCCGCCCACAGCGUCUCGGAUGUCCAGGCGCUCCAGAAGCGCUCCGAGUGCUCCCAGAACUCUGGCUGCGCCCUCAACACCGUCCUGACCACCGUGGAGCACCUCAAGGCCACUGUCAAGUCCGAGAUUGAGCUCAUCACCACCACCGUCUCUGGCGCCAAUGGCAAUGAUCAGGAUGUUGUUCCCAUCAUCAAGGUCGCCCUGACCACCAUCACCGGCGAGAUCCAGGUCGUCACCGGCGAGCUCCUGCCCCUUGUCCUUGGACUUGGCGACAAGCUCACCAAAGCUGAGCUUUCCCUUGUGCUUGAGAUCCUGGCCGACCUCAAGGUCAUCGUUGGAGAUGUCAAGGGCUGUGUCACCGAUCUCACCGCCAACCUCAGCGUCGAGAUUCUCCUUGAAAUCGAGCUUGAGAUCAAGGCCCUGCUCGGCUGCCUCGGCCCUCUCGUCACCCCUGUCCUGACUCUUGUCUUCGGCCUCGUCGGCAAGCUCGGCAUCCAUGUCACUGGCCUUCUGAAGCAGGUCCUGACUAUCGCUAUUGGCCUCAAGGUUACCCUGUCUGAGAUCCUCGCUCCCGUCACUGGCCUUGUUGGCUGCCUCCUUGGCAAGGUCCUCGGCCAGGCCCUGUAAGCUUGCCCUUGGAACACCACACAUACCCAGCCAACCAUGACAACCAUAUUUGGGCGUUCUUUGUAAAUAGGUUUUUGCAUCCAAUGAUGUUUUGACGGGUUUUCACCGCUGGUUCUUCGCGGCAUUCUGGCAAGGCGUUAGACAGACAUCAAUUAGAGACCCUGGUCGUGUUGACGAUGGAAGUAUCUUUCCCUAUCAGAUUAAAGUUGUGAUAUUUGAAGUCCUUAUCAGGACUGUGACUUCCCAUAUCUCCCAUACCUGUUAUUUUGACAAUGUGCACCGACUUCAGCACUUCCCAGAAAGUUCACUUUAAUUCAAAACGUGCCUC